AUGGAAAAUAUCGAAUCGAUUGAUAAUGUUCAAUCCAUUAUGUCUAUGUAUAGACCUUUGAAGAAGCUCAAAAUUAGCCCAUCGUCACAACAUAAUAACCUUAGAUCAAGUGGAGACGGGGUGGAGCCUGCAGCUCAGAGGAUUAGAGCAUGUGGGUACGAAUCACAGUUUCGUUUUCCUUUUGCUCUAGAUGAUCCUCCAUCAAGUAAUUGUCACAUUAAUUGGCAAUCACUUACUCAAAAUCAAACUAUGAUUUCUUUUGCACCUCAAAGUUGCUUUAAUCAGUGUCGAAUCACUAACAGUGGGACGAGGACGACUACGAUGAUGAAUGUUUAUGGCAUUAUCUCCUCCCCUGCACCUAAACGGUACAGGGGAGUGAGACAACGCCAUUGGGGAAAAUGGGUAGCAGAGAUUCGCCUUCCUCGUAAAAGAACUAGACUUUGGUUAGGCACGUUUGAAAGUGCUGAAGAAGCUGCUUUUGCUUAUGAUGUCGAGGCAUUUAGGCUCAGAGGAACAGAUGCGCGUCUUAAUUUCCCACAUCUGUUCCUCGGAGACCUGGCCCCGACUGAUAAUAACAUAGACAAGACUAACUCAGCAUCGUCAAGCAGUACUUCAUUCGCGAAAAUUCCUUCUCAAAUCCAAAACAAUAAACGGUGCAUCAGGCAAUGUCCGAACAAAAACAGGGUACCUUCAGCUGUGGAACAGAGUACCUCUGUUUUAGACAAAGAAAUAAGGAUGCAAGAUAAGGCCGCGUACAAUAAACCCUUGUGGUAUGACCCUUCCCAGGACUCUGUGCAUAACGAGGGCUUAGUGCACCAGACUUUCCAAAUAAAGAUGUUAGAUGGGAGCGAUUUUUAUGAAUCGACACCAAAAUAUACUUGUAGUAUACAACAAGAAAAUAGUGAUAUAUGGAAAAAUGUACUUCAAUCUAGUCCAUUUGGGAAUUACAGUAUUUGCACUGAUGAUAAUUUGCAGCAACAACAGCAGCAGUGUGAUUUCACUAUUACUGAUCCAGGCUUCGGGGAUGAUGUUUUCAACUUUUCCUCCAAACUCCUAGAAUAG